AUGAACACCAGCGUCAUGAACACGCCCCAGGGCCUGCGCGCCGCUCGCUGCACUGCGCGUGCGACUCGUCCCUCGGCCGGGGCCGCCCACGGCGCCCCGCUCGUCGGCCGGCCUGCUUUCCGGCCACGAUUCCGUGACGUCAAGUUCACGCUGCGGAGCGCCUCGGCGGAGGUCUCGGAGUCCGUCGGGGUCGAGGAAGCCCCUCGGCCGGCUUCCGACGGCAAGAAGAAGAAGCCGUACCGCGCGACCGACCUCUCGUACACCGAGCAGUACGACGAGAUUUACUCCAAGCCCCUCGAGAUCAGCAAGCCGGUCCCCAAGCCCGACCCCGAGGCCCAGGCCCGCCAGCCCGGCGCGAAGCGCAUCCCGUUCUCGAAGGACGUGUGGGCGGUGCCCAAGACGCGGGCGUUCUUCAACCGCAAGUGGGAGCCCAAGGACAUCGGCUACGCGGUGUUCAUGCUGGCCGUGCACGUUGGGUGCCUCUUCGCGCCCAUGACCUUCUCGUGGAACAUGGUCUGGCUGUUCGCGGCGACGUACUUCAUCACGGGCUGCCUCGGCAUCACGCUGACGUACCACCGUCUCCUGGCGCACAAGUCGUUCUCGCUGCCCAAGCCGCUGGAGUACGUGCUGGCCUACUGCGGCGCCCUCGCCGUGCAGGGCGACCCGCUCGAGUGGGCCUCCACGCACCGCUACCACCACCUCCACACGGACACCCCGCUCGACCCGCACUCGACGUACGAGGGCUUCUGGUGGUCGCACAUGGGGUGGCUCCUGGACGACAAGGCCACGCGCGAGCGCGUCGCGGACCGCUCGAACUCGAACGACCUGCUGCGCCAGCCGUUCUACACGUGGCUCGAGAAGACGUACGCGUGGCACAUCGUCGGCAUGUUCGCGGCGCUCCUGGCGUUCGGCGGGUUCCCGGCGCUGAUCUGGGGCGGGUGCCUGCGCGUGGUGUGGGUGUACCACAUCACGUGGUUCGUCAACUCCGCCACGCACGCCUGGGGCAAGCAGAGCUACCUCACGGGCGACCAGGCCCGCAACAACUGGUGGGUCGGCAUCCUGGCCUGGGGCGAGGGCUGGCACAACAACCACCACGCGUUCGAGUACUCGGCGCGCCACGGCCUCGAGUGGUGGCAGCUCGACAUCACCUGGCUCGUCAUCCGCGGCCUCCAGGCCGUCGGCCUCGCUAAGAACGUGAAGCUGCCAACGGAGGCCUCGCUCCAGCGCAUUGCCAACCCUGACUACUGGGGGGACCGCAUGCCGCGCGUGGGGGCCUAA